UGUGCCAGCCAUUGAGGAUUGUGGGAAACCAUGUGGUCCAAUCCUGUGUUCCAUCAAUACGGACAAGAAGGAGUGGGCCAAGUGGACCAAGGAGGAGCUGAUCGGCCAGCUCAAACCCAUGUUUCAUGGCAUCAAGUGGACUUGCAGCAAUGGGAACAGCAGCUCUGGCUUCUCAGUGGAGCAGCUAGUGCAACAGAUACUGGACAGCCACCAAACUAAGCCACCGCCCCGGACUCACAACUGCCUCUGCACGGGCACGCUGGGUGCAGGUAGCAGUGUGCACCAUAAAUGCAAUAGUGCCAAACACCGAAUCAUCUCUCCCAAAUUGGACCCCCGCACAGGAGCCUACAGCAGCGCUCACUCUGAAGUACAAAACAACGACGUGUCAGAGGGGAAGACUGAGCACUGUGGUCAUGGUGGGAGCAAAAACUCUGGUGGUGGGGGCGGAGGAGGCAGCACCAGGGAGAAACGCAACGGGAAAGUCCACAAGCCCAUUUUGUUGCAUCAGAACAGCACUGAGGUGUCAUCUACCAACCAGGUCGAGGUGCCUGACACCACACAGAACUCCCCUGUGUCCAUCAGCAGUGGCCUCAACAGUGACCCUGACAUGGCUGACAGCCCUGUGGUGACAGGAAUAAGUCAUGUGGCCUCUGUCAUGUCUGGCCUCUCGCAAGGGGUCUUUAUGUCAGAGGUGACUGGAGACAACGUCUACAGCAUGUCUCCAACUGGCGGCCCCAACACUCACCUAAUGGGUGGAGAUGCCAACUCCCAGGGCUUGGUGCUCUCUGAUCGUCAUAAAUUUGCUUUCCCGAGUGGAGGAGUAGGGGAACCUGGGAAUACGGGAGACAGUCUGUCCAUGUUGUCUUCCGCAGGAGUUUCUGAAGAACUGGUGCUCUCAAGCAGUCUGGACUCUGGAAGUAUCAAGAUCCCAGAGACCAACAUGAACUUUGACCCCGACUGCUUCCUGAACAACCCCAAACAAGGCCAGACCUAUGGAGGCAGUGCAAUGAAGACAGAGGCUAACUGUACCUCAUCCUCCUGUGGGGUCAGUGGUAGUGCCAACGACACACUGCAGACCUCUCCUUCAAUGUCAGAUAAUGGCUACAGCUUCAACUCAGCUUUAGUGAAGAAUAUUAAGACUGAGGACACAUCCUUUGAACAGCAGCUGGCCGCGGAGAGUGGCUACCAAGUGGGGGCAGUAGUGAACUGUGGAAGCGGGGUGUCUGUGCCACCCAGUGCUGGCUCAGGCCAGGGUGGCCUCACUUUGACCCCAGCAGGAUCCUUACUUCCUUCUGGUGGUGGUCUAAGUCCGAGUACCACUCUGGAGCAGAUGGAUUUCAGUGCUAUUGAUGCUAAGCAAGACUACACAUCCAAUGCUUCUACAGUGAGCUAUGGUCGGGCCUUGUCUAGUCCUCACAUGUCACACCAAAACCGUUCUCCCAGUUUCUUCCUUCAGGAUACCUCUCAAUCCAGCCAGGCUCAGCAUGGGAGAGCCAGUAUGGGCCAGAAAACACAAAUAGUGGAGCACAACUCCCAUGAUUCUGGAGCUUAUAUGGGGCUGCAGGUUGUAAAGACCGAAUCUCCUGGGAGCAAUGGUCACCUCCACCACCACCAGCAGAACCGACAUCGGGCCAGCUGUAAUGGAGGCUCACCAACAAAUGGCCCUGGCCAAGCUGGUUCCCUGCAGCUGCUACAGUACCAGGGGACAUUCCCUGGUCUCGGCACCGAGCAUGAGGAAGUAGUGGGUAUCGAGCAGCCAGGCAGUGUCAGUUCAGGACAGGCUGGAGCCACAGAAAAUGGUGCAGAGAAUCUACUCAAGCAAGGGGAUGAAAUGCAGGCCUGUGUGGCGCGAAAUGGAGACGGAGGGGGCCCUGAACACUAUCUGCAGCAGGCAUCUGAUGGCGGAGGAGGAGGAAAUGGUGGUGCGGGUGAAGGAAUCACGCUUCACAAUGGAAACAGUGAUGGUAGCAAUCUCACUCCACAGCAACAGCAGCUGCAGCCACUCCUCCAAGGCGCAGGCAUGGUCCAGGGUCUCUACAACACUGUUGCAGCCCACCAAGGCCUGGGAGGACCAGCUAAUAGUGGAGGAGCAGGGGGGGCAGGCAUGGAGAUUAGUCUGGAUCACUUUGACAUCUCUUUUGGAAACCAGUUCUCUGACCUUAUUAAUGACUUUAUCUCAGUGGAUGGCAGUGGAACAGCCAUGUCCGCUGGAGGGACUCUCUAUGCUCAUCAGCUCGUCACUUCCCACAGCGCCGAUGGUCAAAACACUGCUGGUGGGGCACCCCCGCAGGGCCAGGAGGAUGUAGUGGCCAGGGGUUCUGGCUACAACACAUCAGAGCUCUGCCUUCAACCAUGCUGCAGCCCCCAGUCUCUCAGUGGAGGAACAGGAGCAGGAGGAAACGCAGGGGAGGCAGGUUCACUGUCGUACAUGAAUGUAGCCGAUGUGGUCUCUGCAGCCGUUGCCCACGGCACUCUGGGGAUGCUCCAGGCCACUGGGCGUCUCUUCAUGGUCACAGACUACUCUCCUGAGUGGUCUUAUCCUGAGGGUGGUGUUAAAGUGUUAAUCACUGGUCCCUGGCAUGAGGCAGCUUCAAACUACAGCUGUUUGUUUGACCAGAUUUCAGUCCCUGCCUCUCUCAUCCAGCCAGGAGUGCUGCGCUGCUACUGCCCAGCUCAUGACACAGGUCUGGUGGCGCUACAGGUGGCUGUCAGUAAUCAGAUCAUCUCCAACUCUGUGGUUUUUGAGUACAAGGCUCGUGCUCUUCCCUCCCUGCCCUCUUCUCAGCAUGACUGGCUCUCCUUGGACGAUAACCAGUUCAGAAUGUCGAUCCUGGAGCGCUUGGAACAGAUGGAGAGGAGGAUGGCGGAGAUGGCCAGUCACCAGCAACAGAGCGGUGCAGGGAGUGGUGGAGCUGGAGGAGGAACAGGAGGAACCGGCACAGGGGGAGGUGGUGGAGGGGGAGACAACAGCCAGCCCCAGUGUGUAUCCGGCCAAACGCAGGCCAGCAGCUCCUUCGAGAGUCGUGUCGUGGUGGUUUGUGAGAAGAUGAUGAGCCGAGCUUGCUGGGUCAAGUCCAAACAUUUAAUCCACUCAAAGACUUUCCGAGGCAUGACACUCCUUCACCUGGCUGCUGGCCAAGGCUAUGCCACCCUCAUCCAAACACUCAUCAAGUGGCGCACUAAGCAUGCUGAUAGUAUUGAUUUGGAGUUAGAAGUGGACCCUCUUAAUGUGGAUCAUUUCUCCUGCACGCCUCUGAUGUGGGCAUGUGCGCUAGGUCACCUGGAGGCAGCUGUGGUCCUGUAUAAAUGGGAUCGACGGGCUCUGGUCAUUCCAGAUUCUCUUGGCCGCCUACCACUUUCCAUCGCCCGUUCUCGUGGUCAUACCAAACUCGCUGAAUGUCUGGAGAAACUGCAGCGGGAGGAGCAGCAGCCACAAGCUCCUCUACCCCCUGCAUCUCACAUGUCUUUCUCUCCAGACACCCCUACAACAGACAGUUGGAUGCUCAGUUGGGCAAAUGAUAGUGUUUCUGCGCCUGGUGGUAAAAGAGUAGGUUCUGCUACCACGACAACCACAUCCAGCCUCAAUCCAGACUUGAGGAGGCCUCGGUCUGAGCCUUCCAGCUACUACACCAGCGAGGGCCAAAGAGAUCUUCCACUAGCUAAAAAGCAUAAACCCAACCCAGAACUGUUUCAGACACGGCCUGACAAGGCCAUGUCCGUUCCUCUUAGCCUAGAGCAGCAGCAGCUCCAUAAACUGUCCACCAGCCCCAAGACCCAGCCCUCAGAGGGCACUGAAAAUGGCCUGUCGACUGGAGGUAGCACAGGUACAGCCAGAUGGAGCCCCAGGGAGAGUUUCUCCUGCAGCAGCAUAGGGAGGAAGGGGUUAGGGGUCAGCGGGAGCAGCACUUUGGGAAAGGAAAAGAUUGUCACCAGGUUACGCCAGCGAGAACAGCUUGGCAUGCUGGUGAUGGCAGACAGAGACAUGGCUGAUGCUGAAAUGCUAGCCUAUCGGGAGGAUCUGGAGAAUCAGGACUGUCUUACGCAGAUGGAUGACCUGCAGGCAAACAUGAUGACUCUGGCAGAACACAUCAUUGAGGCAACGCCGGAGAGAAUCAAGAGGGAGAACUUUACUGCAGCAGACAUUUUACCGGUAGACACAUCUGGGGUUAACAGCACCAUGAACUGGCUGGCCAACUACUUGGGAGAUGUAGAGCAGCUGCCAAGCAUCCUACACUUACGCCUGAGUCCUGGUGGGUCCCCACUGGGAGAGGGGCCCCUGGAGAGGUCCACACUUCCAUCGCCUGCAGACUGGAAUGAGUUCCUUAAUGCCUCCAACAGCAAGGUGGAGAGAGACCUGGCCCAGCUGACUCUGUCUGACCCAGAACAGAGAGAACUAUACGAAGCUGCCCGCCUAGUUCAGACAGCCUUCCACAAGUACAAGGGGCGGCCACUCCGAGAGCAACAGGAAGUAGCUGCUGCUGUUAUUCAGCGUUGUUACAAGAAAUACAGACAGCUUACAUGGAUAGCCUUGAAGUAUGCACUUUAUAAGAAGAUGACGCAGGCCGCCAUCCUUAUCCAGAGUAAAUUCCGUAGCUACCACGAGCAGAAGAAGUUCCAGCAGAGCAGGAGGGCUGCCAUGCUCAUUCAGCAAUACUACCGCAGCUACAAGGAGUUUGGCAGGCUCAAGCCUCACCACCGUGGGUCGGCCGCUGCCCUGGUGCAGCACAAAUUGAGAGGUUGUCUGCUCACCAAGAAGCAGGAUCAAGCUGCCAGGAAGAUCAUGAGGUUCUUGCGUCGUUGCCGCCACAGGGUGAGAGAAUUGAAAAGGGCCAGGGAACAUGAGACCACUCAGAAGAGCCCCCUCGCAAUGUGACAUCACUCCUCUAACACCUCCUUUUUUAUUUGUAUUAUAUUUUUUCGGGAACAAGACAUUAUACAACAGAAAUGGAUGAAAAAUAGCAUCAGUGCAGUGUCACUCUAACACAUUUUUUUCCACACACACAUAUAUAUGUAUAUAUAUA